AUUACAGCGUGAGGCGAAUACACGGAAGUCCCAUGUUAGAAGAUACUAAACAGACAACACCCACAACACCGCGCUGUAAUCUCUUCUUUAAACUAUCUUUAGGUUAUAAGAAGGGUCCAUACAUCAGAUCGGGUGUCAUAUUUUACCUGACUCUGGCUCUGACAGCGUGUGAGUGAUGAUGGUGUGGAUAAAGCUUCUGUAGCCUCAUUGAAACACUGAAAACAAACCUGUUAGUAAAGCUACUGAGCAGCUGAAGAAAGAUGCCAGCUCGGAACCUCGUGUCCAACGGGAUCAAUAACAGCAAGGUUAAGUACUCCAGGUUGGCCUCUGAUGAUGACGGCUACAUUGAUUUACAGUUCAAAAGGAGCCCACCCAAAGUCCCAUACAAAGCCAUAGCACUAGCCACAGUACUCUUCUUAAUCGGCUCUCUGCUAAUCAUCAUUGGCUCCCUUCUCCUGGCUGGAUACUUUGGAGUCACUCACUCAGACCGAACCGUGCCUGUCCUUAUCAUUGGGAUCCUCGUCUUCCUGCCUGGAAUUUACCACCUACGAAUAGCUUACUAUGCAUCAAGAGGCUACCGAGGCUACUCCUAUGACGACAUCCCGGACUUUGAUGACUAAUAAACACCACAGCUUCAGCCGCAGUCUUCCUGUACACACAUGUACUCCUUGUACUCUGCUUGUUCCUAUUUAAAUGCACUGAUAUUUUGAGAGGAAAUAAGCUUAAAUAGAUACUGUAAAUUACUUUCAUUUAAAUCUGAAUGAUUUUGAUGUUAUUGUCAAAGGGUUAUAUGCCGAGGUAGUUGAUGGCAGCCUGCCUGUUAUGAAGCCAAAUCAAUAUCAGACAUUGUUUGAUUUGUAUAUUUCUUUUGCUAGCUUGAUAAAUUAAUAAAACUGUAAUUUGAUCAGUA